CAGAUGUGUUGAAAAAAUCAAACGAAUUUGCGAAAAUUUUUCAAAAUUUUGAACUACCGAUGGAAUUCAAAAUGAUUUUUGAGAGCUUUUUGAGUUUCGAAAGUCCUAAUACGUACGAUUUGGAAUCAAAUUUAAUUUUACCAACAAACGAUGAUAUUAAAUUAAUAGGCAAUCGAAAGCUUAUAAAAUUAUGGAACAAGCAAUAUGGAAAUCUAAGCACGAGUGAUUUACAAUUGAUAAUUAACGCCAAAUUGAUUAAAAUGUUUAGUGUGAAUGUAAAUAAAUUCUGGAAUAUUGGUGAGAGGAGUGAAACGUUAGUAGACAUUUUUAACUGGAUAUGGCCAAUUAUUUUGUCGUUUUAUCAAAAUAACAGGGAUUGCUUAGAUUGCAUUUUCAACAAAUUGUCUCAAUCACUAAGGGAUGUUCCUAAUUUUAAAUGUUCAUGUUUAAUGGGCUAUGGCGUAAAAGAAUUAUUGGAAAUUAUUGUAACGUUGUUACAUAAUAACGAAGAUAUUAAUUAA